AUGAAGAAUACGUCAUUCGUCCUCUCGAUAGACUCAACUGUUCCAAACGAUGAUUCGCGACGAUCACUUUCGCGAAAAUGGAAACGCUUGACUCAAUGUCAGAAGCGAAUCCUUAUUGUCUUUGUGAUUCUCAUCACGACUUUGACUUAUGUGAGCCACAAUCUCAAUGAAAUAAAGCGUCGUCAUCAUCAGCAGAAGAAAGCUCACAGAAUGAACGAAAAACCAGAGCAUGCUAUUGAAGAUGAUCAGCAAUACUUGAACGAUUAUAGAUCUGAAAAGUACGAAGAGCGUGACGAAUUCGAGAAGGCUCAAGUUAUUCCACCAGACUCAGAUGGCGGACGUUUUGAAAUUGAUCCCGAUGAGCCCGAGUACGAACUUGAAGAGCGCGACGAAGACACUCCCGAGGAAAUCGAGCCAGAACCAGCCCGCGUUUCUGAUGAUAGUUAUGGACACUGGAGAGGAUCCGGCCGUGAAAAUCGAAAUAUGACCGCAGUGAAAGAAGCGUUUCUACAUGCUUGGAGGGGAUACACGACCUAUGCGCUUGGUCACGAUAUGCUCAAACCAUUAAGCCAUCGUUACGAAGAUUGGUUCACCACUGGCGGAGACCAGAUGGCUCUGACACUGAUAGACUCGCUCGACACAAUGCUGAUAAUGAAUCUCACGAGCGAAUUCAAAGAAGCGCGGAUGUUCGUCAAGAACCGCCUCAGUCUCCAGCCAGACAACGGCCGAGUUAACCUCUUCGAAUGUACCAUUCGUGUUCUUGGGGGAUUCAUCUCAACUUACUAUCUCACAGGCGACGAGCUAUUCAAAGAAAAAGCUCUUGACAUAGGCGAUCGACUACUGCCAGCGAUUACAUCGUCAAAGUCUUCGGUACCAUAUUCCGAUAUCAACCUCAGAACUCGGGUCGCAAAGCAACCAGCUUGGGGUUCAAGCUCGUCGACAAGCGAAGUCACGACGAUACAGAUGGAAUUCGGAGCGCUCAGCUACAUCUCUGGCGAUCGUCACUGGGAUGAUGCUGUGCGAGAUGUUUCCCGCCACGUCUCUCGGCUUGAAACCGGAAAAUUGGACGGCCUGGUUCCUCUUUGGAUCGAUCCAAAGACUGGACAGUUCUCCAAAAAUGGAGUGACUUAUACGAUGGGCGCUAGAACUGAUAGCUAUUACGAGUAUCUUUUCAAGCGUUGGUACCAGUCGGGUAAAAGCUCCGAGUACAGCUUCAUGGUUCAAGACUUCCAAGACUCUAUGGAAGGUGUCAAGAAACAUCUCUUUGGAUACACACAGCCUAACAAAUUUCUUUUCGUUGGCGAGAAAGUAGGAACGAGAUUCAGCCCAAAAAUGGAUCAUCUUGUCUGCUUUCUCCCCGGCACUCUAGCACUUGCUGUUCACGAAAAAAAACUCUCGCAAGAAUGGUUAGAGCACGCCGAGAAAAUUCUUGAAACAUGUCACCAGUUUUACGUAACAGAGACUGGCCUGGCACCUGAGAUUUCCUACUUCAAUACAGACGAUCCUUCUAAACCAGAUUUGAAUAUCCACACUGCAGAUAGAUUUUCCAUCCUUCGCCCAGAAACUGUGGAGAGCUACUUCUAUCUGUGGAGACUUACGAAAAAUCAGAAAUACCGCGACUGGGGUUGGGAGUUCUUCCUCAACCUGGAGAAGUACGCUCGCAGUCUAAAACGAAACCUUCGCCAAAAGACAAAAUGGAGUCUUUUUCCUAGGAGAAACGCUAAAGUACCUGUAUUUAUUAUUCUCCGACGACGAUAUGCUUCCGCUGUCCGAGUGGGUGUUCAACACGGAAGCUCAUCCCUUCCGCGUGCAAAAAUAAAAAGAAAAGAGUUCAAGCAAACAUGA